CAUGACAUUAUUGAGAAUACUAUUUCCCUACUUUGUUACCAUUUUUAAUCUCUCCCAACCCUGCCAGAUUCCUGAUGAUUUUGUGGCUGCGAGCUCUCCAGGACAUAUUGUAAUUGGAGGUUUGUUUGCAGUUCAUAACAAAAUGAUCCAUUCAGAAGAAUAUCCCACAAGACCAGAAAUCCAGACUUGUGAGGGCUUUGAAAUCUCAAUAUUUCUUCAAGCUCUUGCCAUGAUACACAGCAUUGAAAUAAUCAACAAUUCCUCACUGUUACCUGGAGUUAAACUGGGGUAUGAGAUCUAUGACACUUGCACUGAAGUCACAAUAGCAAUAGCAGCCACACUGAGGUUCCUUUCAAAAUUCAACUGUACCCAAGACAUCGUGGAGUUUCAUUGUAACUAUUCCAACUACACACCAAGAGUUAAAGCCGUCAUAGGAACCAGUUACUCAGAAAUAACUAUUGCUGUUUCCAGAAUGUUGAAUUUACAGCUCAUUCCACAGGUGAGCCAUGCUUCCACAGCAGAAAUCUUAAGUGAUAAGAUCCGCUUUCCUUCUUUCUUUCGAACUGCACCCAGUGACUUUUACCAAACCAAGGCCAUGGCACACUUGAUCCAGAAGUCUGGGUGGAACUGGAUUGGCAUCAUUACCACUGAUGAUGACUAUGGACGUUUGGCACUUGGCACAUUUGGAAUGCAAGCUUCAGCAAACAAUGUAUGCAUUGCAUUCAGGGAGAUCCUCCCAGCUUUCCUCUCGGAUAGUACCAUUGAGGUCAAGAUCAAUCAGACUCUUGAAAAAAUCAUGGAGGAAAGCCAUGUCAAUGUCAUUGUAGUAUUUCUGAGGCAGUUCCAUGUGUUUGACCUCUUUAAUAAGGCCAUCCAGAGGAAUAUAAAUAAGGUCUGGAUUGCCAGCGAUACCUGGUCAGCAGCUGUCAAGAUAAGUACCAUUCCAAAUGUCAAACGCAUUGGCAAGGUGGUAGGGUUUGCAUUUAAAAGUGGAAAUAUGUCCUCUUUCCAUGACUUCCUCCAAAAUAUACACCUCUUAUCUAAUGAAAAAAACAAGCUAUUAAGUGAAUAUAUCAUGCUCUUGUCAUCUUGUUCACAUGUUAAGGACAGUGAUUUGAAUUAUUGUAUUGCCAACCAUUCCCAGGGAAAUUGGGCCUACAAGAUAGUAGAAAGCAACUUCUCCCUGAGAAAUAACUUCUUAUUGGAUAAUGCUGAGCCAGGUCCUGUCCACAGUCUUCAACUUGCCAUAUCUGCUCUUGCUUAUGCCAUUCGGGAUCAAUGCAGAGACCGAAAUUGCCAGAAUCCAACUGCAUUUCAUCCCUGGGAGUUACUUGAAGCACUUAAAAAUGUGACAUUUACUGAUGGCAAGAAUGAAUUUCAAUUUGAUUCACAAGGGGACAUUAACACUGGAUAUGAUGUUCUGCUUUGGAAGGAAGUCGAUGGGCGCAUGACCAUUAUCACCAUGGCUGAAUAUGAUCUAGAAAAAGAUGAUUUCAUUUUUAAAGAUAAUGGAACUGAAAAGGAAUUCAGGAAUCUAAAGAAAAUUCAAUCUAAAUGUUCGAGGGAAUGCACUCCAGGUCAGAUGAAGAAAACCACCCAAAGCCCGCACACAUGCUGUUACGAAUGUGUAAGCUGCCCUGAAAAUUAUUACACCAAUCAGACAGAUAUGGAUUAUUGCCUGUUGUGUGACAAUAAGACCCACUGGGCCCCAGUAAAUAGUACUGUUUGCUUUGAGAAAGAAGUUGAGUAUCUCAACUGGAAUGACUGGUUCGCCAUUAUGCUCCUGACCCUCUCAACACUGGGGAUCAUCUGCACUUUUGCAGUUGGAAUAAUAUUUACUAGAAACCUGAAUACCCCUGUGGUAAAGUCCUCUGGAGGCCUGAUCAUCUGCUAUGUGAUUCUCCUCUGCCACUUCUUCAACUUUGUCAGCACGAGCCUUUUUGUGGGAGAGCCACAAGACUUCAAGUGUAAAACCAGGCAGACCCUCUUUGGCAUGAGCUUUGCCCUAUGCAUCUCCUGCAUCCUGACAAAAUCCCUGAAAAUUCUUCUAGCCUUCAGCUUUGAACCCAGAUUGCAAAAGUGUCUGAAGCGCCUUUACAAGCCCAUACCCAUCAUAGUGAUUUGCACAGGGAUUCAGAUGAUCAUCUGUACAAUAUGGCUCCUAUUUGCUGCGCCUUUUGUGGAGGAGAAUUUCUCCAUACCCCGAGUUAUUAUCUUGGAGUGCGAUGAGGGCUCCAUCAUGGCCUUGGGCACCAUGCUAAGCUACAUAGCUAUCCUGGCAUUCAUUUGCUUCAUAUCUGCCUUUAAAGGCAGAAAGUUGCCAGCAAAUUACAAUGAGGCUAAGUUCAUAACAUUUGGCAUGCUCAUUUACUUCAUUUCAUGGAUAAUAUUUAUCCCCGUUUAUGCCACAACUUUUGGCAAAUACCUACCAGCUGUGGAGAUCAUUGUCAUUUUAAUAUCUAACUAUGGAAUUCUGUGUUGCACAUUUUUUCCUAAAUGUUACAUCAUUCUCUGUAAGCAGGAGACCAAUACAAAAUCUGCCUUCCUCAAGACUUUGUAUACAUACUCUUCCCAAAGUGCAUGCAGCCUUAAUGUAAGUCAUAUUUCAUUGGAUUCUGGACCCAGUGAAGACUCUCUUCCUAACCAGAACUUCCAUUGCAAGACUCCAGGUACAUCUGAGCAAGGCAAGGUCAGCCAGGCACAAAUGGCUAAGCAUGUACAAUCUCCAAGGAAAAGAACUGCUAAAAAUAUGAUUGGAAUACUCCCAAGAAAAAGGACAUCAAGCAUAUGAAUGAAGAACUCCUCAGUGCAUCAAUGAAUGCUUCCAGGGAAGAAGAGCAAUAGCAUUUGAGGUCAGGAGUCACCAUUGCCUAAUUCUUUCCCUGAGCCUUUCCAUAUCAAAAUUAUCAUCAAAGAUAAACUCACACUCUCUUCAUAGCACUGAAUUGUUGUAGCCCCAAACCUUCUUGGCCUCUUUUAGAGAUUUGGCUUAUUCUUAAGUGAAACUCCAGGGUGGGCCCUUCCAGAUUCUUCACUGUAGCUCUCUUUGGGACUGAUUCAUUACCAUUCGAUCCACAACAGAAGUAAUUAAUGAAGAAAAAGUAAAUUAUUCAUACUUGCCUGAAACAACAAAUAUUUUUCAUCUCCUUCAAAAUGUGGAAAGUGAUUUUUUUUAUUUUGAUUUUGUCUGGCUUUUUUGUUUUGAGACUGGGUCUUCCUAUAUUAUCUAGGAUAGAAUCAACUUUUCCACUUAAAUCUUCAUGCACAAGUGUCUUUGUGCACAAAAACGCACAAAGACAAUCGUCAUCCUUGGUUACCAAGAGACUACUACUACUAUAAGAUAGAAUUGCAGCAGCUAUUCAUGGUCCAAUUCCACUUCUGAUCUGAAUAAAAGUUCUAUUCCUCUCCUUAGGCAAGCUAGUGGCCCUCUGCUCUUCAGGGCUUAACAGAAUGGCCCCAAACAUAGCGUGGACACCUGAUCAGCUUUGCCUAAUGCAGUUCAGAAUUCCAAAGCUCAUGAUCCACCAGAAUGAGCCUCCCCAAUAGCAAGAAUUAGAGCUAUGUCCCCCCACACCUAGCAGAGAACAACUUGUAUAAAAAAUGUCUAUUUUUGGUUCUGGCUUUCUAUGCUCUGUUGCAAAGCAUGUGUUCAUUUUGGAAACAGUUCUGUGAUGAAAACCAAAGGACAAACUAAUAAAACAUAUCUAAGGCUGUCAGUUUUGAGAGUUGCUCAGAAGAACUUGUAAAAAAUGGGAUAAAUGUUAAAUAUGAGUUAAGACAAUUAAGAAUUGACUAAGAGUUAAAGGUGCAGGGAAGGAAAAAUUCUGUGAGAGAAAAACUAAUUGGAAAGUAUAGAUGUUGACACAUCAUCUCAAUCAUCAACCUCAAGAAUCCCACUUAACAGUACACAGUGUAAUUUGGUUAAAGUAAUAUCCCUCCUCAAGAAUCUUCAGUGACUCCCUGUUUCCUCUAGAAAAAAGACAAAUUCCUUGAAAUUCUGAAAAAUCCUCAGCUUGACAGUUAAAGCUUUUCAAAAUCUGACUUAAGAAUAUCAUUCCAGGCUAUCACAAAGUCCAUGUUCCAAGCAAAUUGGUGACUUCUUGUUUUAUUUUUUUAUCUUAAAUUUAAACUUUUCAUUUGCAUGCAUUAAUCAUCCUUACACACAAACAUUUCAGUACUUAAAGACAGACAAGAAAAAAAGAUAAUAUGACAAAGCAAACUGUUGUAUGCAGAUUAUUUUAAAGAAAUAUAUAUAAUAAAGAAAUAUAGAGAGAGUACAUAUAUAAAGGAAAUUUAAUAAGAUAUUGACAAAAUUGUUCUAUUUGUGGUUUCCAUACUUUUUUGUUUUCUUCUAUACCUUUAUUUUUGUUUAAACCCUUAUCUUAUUAAAAUCGAUAUCAGUAUUGAUUACAAGGCAGAAGAGCAGCAAGGUCUAGGCAAAUCGAGUUAAGUGAUUUGCCCAGAGUCAUACAACUAGGAAGCAUCUGAGGCCAGAUUUGAAAGCAGGUCCUCUCAACUCCAGAUCUGGCUCUCUACCCACUGAACCAACUAGCUGUCCUCUUCUGUAUAUUAAAAAAUAUUUUUAAUAUAUUUACUGAUUAUCUUUUUGCAUCACCAACAUAUCCCACUCCAUAGAAGACUUGCUUUGUAACAAAUAUGUAUAGGGCAACAAAAUAAGAUUGGUCUAAAUCCACAUACAGUUCCUGAACUCUGCCUUCUAUCUCUCACCUUCAAUUCAUUUGUGUAGGUUUUUCCCUGUGACUCUACUGCAUUUCCUUCUCUCUCUGCCUUCUAUGAGCUCCAUCCUUCUGAAGCUUCUGUUCAGGUGUUAAUACUUUCCUCUUCCUCCUUGUAUGGACACACAUCUCUCUCAACAGAAUGUAAGUUCCUUACUCUUGUAAGAUUUUUUGUUCUAUCUCCAAUGCCUUAUUAAGAGUAAAAGUUUAAUAAAUGCUUGCUGGAUUUGGAUUAUAUUAAAAUGGCUUUUUGCUUGUCUAUUACUUUCUCUGAAAAGCUAAAACAGGCCUUAUAUACACUAAUAAUACUGUAUGAGGAUAGAAAUCGCAUUUUAUGUAAAUGUCAUGACUUUCCUGAUGACUAGCAUAGUAUUUUACACAAAAUAGGCAUCAACCAAUGUUUGUUGAAUGAAUGAAAUCACUAAGAAACUGUUGAAUUUACUUAUAAAAUAAAUUCACAGAAAUAAAUACCAUUGCUGCUGUUGAAAUUUUACCUGAGAUAGAUUUGCCUAUCCUCAUAGGCCAAAUGUUAUAAGUUAAGAAUAGGAUUCUGUCUCUUAUUUCUUAAAAAUGUGGGUUUUCAUCUUAAGAACACAUGAACAAAAAACACCAAUGGAAAACCUGUGGAUUAAGGCUAUAUUGCCUAUCCAAAUCUUUGGGGGAAAGGAAGGAAGGAAGGGGAGGAGGGAGAAAAUAAGCACUUAUUAAGCACCAUCUCUGUGCCAAUCACCAUGCUAAGAACUUUAGAUAUAUCUCAU